AUGUUUGCUAUCAUACCUGGUCAUCAGAUGCGCAUCGCAAUGGUGCAGAUGUCAUUGUAUAGCCUUGUGACAGGUCAUCCCGUCGUGCAGACGCGCUCGAGCUGUCGCACCUCUGUCGUGGGUGAGGACUGCUAUAAAAAAGUGGUGUGGGCGAUGCAGACGGGCGUCGCAAAGCAUCCAGAGUAUUUUUCUCCAUUGACCAAUCACGGGCGUCGCAAAGCAUCCAGAGUAUUUUUCUCCAUUGACCAAUACAUCCAGCUUCGAGGAUUUCCAGCGGCACCUGCACAGAAAGGCCGGGUUCUCUAA